GGGUUGGGAGAUCUAAACAAAUACAACAAGAGCCUACUAAUGAAAUGGUGGUGGAGGUAUGGCCAGGAGACACCUAGCCUCUGGAAAGAAGUGGUCAACAUGAAGUAUAGGAAACUUGACAACUGGUGCACCAAGAAAAAUGCAGCCCCUCAUGGUGUUGGUCGCUGGAAGUACAUUAAUAAUAUGAAGGAUGACUUCUUCCAGGAAGUGUCCUUUAGGAUUGGAAAUGGCACCUCUGUAAAGUUUUGGAAAGAUAAGUGGUUGCUUAAUAUUCCCCUGAAAGACUCUCUUCCUAAUAGCAACAGAACCAGACUCCACAGUUGCAAGCAAUAGGGAUGGAAACAUUUGGGAUAUCAGUUUUAGAAGAAAUUGGCAGGACUGGGAACUGGGAGAGAUCUUUGACCUGUUUAAAUCUUUGGAAGGUUUUCCAGUGAAUUCACAAACACCAGAUAGCCUGAAAUGGGGAGAGUCAAGCAAAGGGGUGUUCUCAGUGAAUGCCAGUUAUAAUAGGAUGAAUACUAUCAAUGUUUUGACUGAUCCUUGGCCUUGGAAAUUGAUAUGGAAGACAAAAUUACCCACCAAAGUCAAGUGUUUUACUUGGACAGCCCUCAAAAAUGCCAUACUAACUCUGGAUAAUUUUAAAAAGAAGAAGAUCCAUUUGGUGAACAGAUGCUAUAUGUGCCAAAAAGAGUCAGAGACAGUUAACCAUCUUUUUUGGCACUGCCCUGUUGCAGCAGAUCUCAGGCACAUGUUUACAGUAAUUUUUGGAAUCAGUUGGACAAUCCCAUAUAGCUUAAAAGGAGCAGUUGAAAGUCGGAGCUUAUGGAAAGUGAACAAAACCAUCAACAAGAUCUGGCAAAUGAUACCUGCGUGUAUUUUUUGGUGUUUAUGGACAGAGAGGAACAGCAGAUGCUUUGAUGGGACUUCAACUCCUAACUUUUCUCUAAAAUCAAAGUAUUUAGUUAACCUUUUUAGUUGGAGCAGUCUAUCCCCUGUGAAUGAUGUUAUCCCCCUUUUAGAUUUCAUUGGCUCCCUCUCGGUGGCUUAGCAGCCUUGAGUUUUUUGCUCAUGGUUUUAAACUCCCAGCUCUUACUAGUUUUUUUUUGCAGUGUCUGGAGUUUUUAACCUUUUCUUUGUAAAGCUUUUUGCAUCUUAUUAUUUUCCUUUAUCUGGAAGUUUUAAUUCCUAAAUCCUCUGCUUGAAUUUGAGCUGUGCAAUUGCUUGGUUAAGACGGUUUUGAUGAUAUAUUGUAGUGAAGCUGGUUGCUAGGCACUAGUCGUUCCUCCUUGGCCUCCAUUAUUCCGUAGAUGGGCUGUUUCCAUUCCACGGCAACAAAGCAGUUCCCUGGACACGAAGAUCCUGUAGUCCUUUCAUCUCAAACUGCCUUUAGUGUGAGCGAAGUUGAAGCAUUAUUUGAGCUGUUCAAGAAUAUUAGCAGUUCCGUAAUAGAUGACGGGCUAAUAAGCAAGGAAGAAUUUCAGUUGGCUCUAUUCAAGAACAGAAAAAAAGAAAACCUUUUUGCAAAUCGGAUUUUUGAUCUCUUUGAUGUAAAGCAAAAAGGAGUUAUCGAUUUUGGUGAUUUUGUUAGGGCACUUAAUGUUUUCCACCCAAAUGCCCCACAGGAAGAGAAGAUUGAUUUUUCAUUUAGGCUUUAUGAUAUGGAUGGCACGGGAUUCAUCAAUCGGCAAGAGGUUAAGCAAAUGUUGAUUGCAAUUUUAUGCGAAUCUGAGAUGAAGUUGGCCGAUGAGACUGUUGAGAUAAUACUUGAUAAGACAUUUUUGGAAGCAGACUCAAAUCAAGACGGAAAGAUUGACAAAUCUGACUGGCACAAUUUUGUGGCCCGAAAUCCUUCAUUAUUAAAGAUAAUGACUCUUUCGUAUCUAAGGGAUAUAACUACUACUUUCCCAAGCUUCGUAUUUCAUUCUGAAGUUGAUGAAGGUGCUACCUAACUAUCAAAUGUAGUUGAGUAAUUAAUUGAUGCACCUAAGUUUUGUUGGGGAGUUGGAGCUUUUUUUAGAAUGUAGAAAAACUAAGGGUGAUUAAAAUGGAAACAGUAGUGAUUGGAUCAUUAGGUUAAGCUAGCCUCCCGUUAAAAAGUUAUUUUGUAAGCAAUAUUCUGCUGUUUAAGAGUGAGCAGGAUAGAUAGAUUACAUUUCAAUCAGUUACUGUUUAUCUGUUUUGAGUUGGUAAAUUUUGCAUAA